CAACCUGAUACCAGAUACUAAAAUGUACUUGGGGAAAAAAACAGUAAACCUGGCCCCCUUGUGGACAUUCUGCGCAUGCGUCAGAGGAUUGUUAGCCCUCAGACUUCCCAAGGCAAAGUUGGAGGGCGCCAUGUUUUUUUCACGGGAAGACGGUUGAAGGCGACAUGGACAGUCGUUUAACAAGGAAAUUCAUCGAUGUGGAGCCAUAUGGCGUCUAAGAAGCAGAGUCCUCUCUGUGUGUAAAACAGCAGCUUGCACCAACUAAGACGCCUGACUGAGAAGAAUAUUGAAGGACGUUGACACUCAAUAAUUUGGUCUCAAAAGCUUAGACAAGGGUGGGGGUAUGCUGGAGCUUAUCCCAGCUGACUUCAGGCGAGAGGCGGUAUACACCCUGGACUGGUGGCCAGCCAAUCACAGGGCGCAUAUAGACAAACAACCAUUCACACUCACAUUCAUACCUAAGGACAAUUUGGAGUCGCCAAUUAACCUAGCAUGUUUUUGGAAUGUGGGAGGAAACCGGAGUACCCGGAGAAAACCCACACAUGCACGGGGAGAACAUGCAACGGAGAAUCGAACCCAGGUCUUUGGUUUAGUGGUGAAAUGUUUAAUUUAUUUCACAGGUAUCUCAACCUGUGGAUGUGUUGUGUUUUUGUGCACCGUGAUCAAGUAUGUCCUUCCUUUUGAUGACUACAUAUAUAAACAGCCCCUCUGCCAAAUGUUUUCAUUCAAUGUGGCUGGCAAGUAUAACUGAUUGUCUGAUGUGUGGAAGCAUUACAUGACACGUGUAAAACAAAUCUCCAAUGAUUUAUAAUGUUUUCUAUGGUAUUUGUAACCGCACUGCUGGAAGUAAAUACAGCGUUAGUACAAACGUCCUAAAGGUGUUCUGGUUUGAAAGAAGAUGUGUUAAGAUAAUUUCAUUUAAUUCAAAGAAGGCCAUCUUAAAAAAAUACAACACAAUCAUAUUAGAAAAGUGGUGUAGGUGGUAGCUUAAAUCUCAUGUAAAUAUUACUUGUAAAUUUCUCCAAAUUAAGUAAGGGAAAACUAGUUAAACAAUCCUGAAAAGUGAGUAUAUUUAUGUUGAUUUUUAAGUAGAUUCAAAGGUAGUUUUGAGCAAAAUUUACUACCAAACAGAGUACCUUUUGUGUCUGUGACAAUAAAUCUCAAGUAAUGUUAAUGAGUAUUUUUAAUUAAAAAAAUAAUCCUUGCUGAGAAGUAAAUUUUACUUCAAUAUUUCCCAAGUAAAAGUUACUUAGGAAUUGUGCGUGCAAUUUGUUACCUAGCUUUUCUCAAGUAAAUCACACUCCAAAUUUUUUUCUCGGGAGUCCGCAGCACCUCAAGAGCAAGUUUGGCAGCGGCUGCACCCUGCUGGCUAAAGUCCACACUGAGGCCGACUUGGAGGACGGCGACCUGCAGCUUUUUAAAGACUUCAUCCAACGCACCUUCCCAGGAAGCCAACUCAAGGAUGAAGACCAGGGAAUGGUUCACUAUCAUCUCACUGACAGAACGCUUACCUGGGCACAGGUAGGCUAAAUACCAAACGUGCAGAUUACAUACUAUUAUUGCAUACGAAAUACUCAUCAUAUCAUAAAUAUUAGAAUUAUUGACAAUAAUAAUACAUAUCAUAAUGAAUAAAUGAGCAUAUAGUAUAAUACACUAUAAUAUUACUAUUUAUUUAGCAUAAUUAUAAAAUAAUAGGAAAAGCGGUAGAAAAUGAAUGAAUUAAUGAAACUAUAACAAAUAGAUAAGUAUCGUUACUUGUGUUAGGGCUCCCUCUGGUGGAUGAUUGUGUGCCGUGCAGCCUCGUUUCCCUUCACGAGGGGCCCAAUAUGAUCCAAAUAUGCAUUGUAUAUUUCAUUGUUUCGGCUUAACCUUGCAUUUUUCAUAUCUAAUACACAUUUUUAAUUGUAGAAAAAAGUACAAAUAUGUAUUUAAAAUAUGUAAUCAAGUGAAUACCAUGCAUACUUUUAAAAAGGUUUGUAUUAACAUAUUGACUAUAGUGUAUAGCAGGGGUCGGGAACCUUUUUGGCUAAGAGAGCCAUGAAGGCCAGAUAUUUUAAAAUGUGUAUCUGUGAGAGCCAUAUACAUUUUUUUAAACAUUGAAUGCAAUAAAAUGUGUGCAUUUUUAUGUAAGACCAACAGUUUUAGAUAUAAUGGGCUCUAAUUAUGUAGACCAGGCACACUACCCCACGCCAAUGGGGUGUGGCCAGCACACUUUCAUGAGCAGCGCAGUGUCCAACAAUAAAUCAAAUACUUGCUGCCAUUAAUGCAACUUCUGCUGCUGCAUAGUUUUGCACCGUAUUCAGUACACGUAUUUCAUUCUUUUGGCCAUCUUCGUCAGAAGGCUUGGUUCUGCAGCUUUAGCUAGGCGACUAUUUGACUAAAGGAGGAAAGUCUACAUUAACAUGUUGACAUCUCAAUGACCGAGGUAGACUACCUCAUUACCCAGUAAUAAUCAAGUUUUGGUGUUUGACCUGGAAAAUAUCAUCAGGAAAGAUAGAUAUGGUCGGCCGUAUUGCAGUAGAAAAUAAAUGGACGGAUUAAAAUGCAUAAGAAAGUUGUUGAUUUUGAAUAUUAUUUUUAACAGUCAUUUCCGUGAUGUUUACUUUAAAAUGUUAGCAAAAAUACAUUUUUAUUGUGGUAAGAAACGCUUGAGAGCCAGAUACAGUCAUCAAAAGAGCCCUACCUGGCUCCCGAGCCAUAGGUUCCCUACCUCUGGUGUAUAGUAUACAACAUGCACUGCAACAUAUAACACUAUGGUAUAUGUUAUUGUAUCCAGUCAUCCCUCCUUUAUGGCGCUUCAUUGCUUCCAGACCCGAUUGUGAUAGGAGAAAAAGUAGGAUUCUUUUUUACUAUUAACUAAAGAAAAUACGGGACAUAGUCAUAAUAUUUCCAAAAGUACAAUUUUGAAGAUUAUUUCAGAAGAAAGUUGAAAUAUUUGGAAAAUGUAAGCCAAAAAAAAAAAAACGCAAAAUGUGUAAAAACAAAUAAAAAAUAAAAAGUUGCUAUGAAUCAGAGUAUGUGAAUAAAGCUGAGAUGCUGGACAUCCCGUACGUGUAAGCUGGCAGCGUAAGAUCACAGUUGCAUGGCGGGACCAUGAGGCAAACAUGCACGUGAGACGCAUCAAUACAGCCGAGUCGACACCCUGAAAGUCGCUUUUCUUGCCAAAUGCUUUGUCCUUGAAAACAAGGGAAUAUAAGGGAAGUGAUAUAUAAUUGGAAUUGUAUCCAGCUCAUCCAUCAUGUCAGCUACACCAUCUACAUAUGUACACUAGCUCUAUGUACACGAGAUCUAUAUACACUAGCGCUGUGUACACUAGCUCCUUGUACUCCUUGUAGCUCUGUGUGCAUUUUUUUUGUACACAGAGACUUUUUCUUUGUACAGUCAUCAUCUGCAAAUUGUUUAUAUGAAAUUAUUUUUUACCAUCAUGAAUCGUUAUUUGUAAAGUUGAAAUAAUAGUUAAUAUGAAUGAUAUAGACUUGGAUUAAGCAUGAUUAUUUGUGUAAUUGUAUUGAUAGAAUACUUGCAGCAUUUGGGUGAUUAUUUGGGACAAGAAUUCUUAUGGUAAUGUUAAUGGUUUUAUUUCACUUGAACAUGCAUCAGAUUACAAUUGAUACAAUUGCAUCCCAUAAUCAGUUCACAGUUCCACAUGUCCAAAAGGAAUAGGAAGAAGCAAAGCUAAUUAAAUCCUACCCCUCCAUCUGGUACUUUUACAAUCAGUAACUGUUACAUUUGUUCACUUCCUGCUUUCUGAUUUAUUUUAUUUUAGUUUUAUUUUAUUUUAGUUUAUUUUUUGUCACAUACGGAAGUACAAGGGGAUAUGACUGUACAAUGACAUAGUGUGUACGAUAGUAAGUGUCAAUAUAGUGAUAUAUAUAGCACAUCAUGACUGGUUCAAGACUCUUCAUCCUUGUAUUUAGCAAACAUCAACUGCUUGUAUUGUUUCUUGAAUUGGCUCAUCGUUGUGCAUUGUUUGAGUUCCUUACUCAUUCCAUUCCAUAGUUUGAUUCCACAUACUGAAAUGCAUUGUUUGAGGGUCUUACUAUAUGAAUGUAUGUAUAUGGUAGUAUUAGUGAUGGGAAUAAUGGAGUAGAACUGGCUAAUAAGAACAUAUGUCAUCAUCGCUCUUUUUGUGCAUUUGAAUUAGAAUUUGAUGGGGAAAAAAUACCCUUCAUGAAAAUGUGGAGAGUAUAUCGCUCACAAGCACUUGCUAAUGUGAAAGUCUACACAUAUAUAACAGCAUUUCAAUAUGUUAGCCAAAGUCCCCUGAAAUGAGACUCUAAAAGGUUAACAAGCUCAAGGGGGUGUGGAAGGUGGAGCAUAUGGAUCAAAGUUCCAGUUCAAGUCUGCGCAGAUGACAUCCGGAGCUCCUGCUGUCCAAACAAUGUCUCCUUGGGAAGACUUUCUGGCCUCGCUCUUGUCCAGUUCCAGCAGCGUACUGGGCGGUGUGACCGUGCUGCUCCUCUUGGCUUUUGCAUCCAGGCGCUUCGCUUUGCGGGAAACUAGGAAGGGGCCUCCGGGGCCCAGACCUUUGCCCUUGCUUGGCAACCUGCUGCAGCUCGAUCUCAAGAGGCUCCACCUGAACCUUUGUGAGCUUGCAGAAGAAUACGGCUCCGUGUUCACAAUCUACUUGGGCGGCGUUAAAGUCGUGAUCCUGGCUGGAUACAAGACGGUCAAAGAGGCUCUGGUCACCCACGCUGACGUGUUUGGGGAGCGCCACAUCGUGCCCAUAUUUGAGGAGCUGAGUCGAGGUCACGGAAUUAUUUUUGCAAACGGAGACUCGUGGAAAGAAAUGAGACGUUUUGCCAUCAGCACUCUGAGAGACUUCGGAAUGGGUAAAAGACUCGCUGAAGAGAAAAUCAUGGAGGAGUGCAGCCACCUCAUUCCCAUUUUUGAGAAGCAUGAAGGGCAGCCGUUUGAUACAACACAACCAUUGGGUAACGCCACGUCCAAUGUCAUCUGUUCCAUCGUGUUUGGGAGCCGAUUUGAAUACGACGACGCUCACUUCACCACCAUGGUGGAACGAGUCAAAGACAACUUACUUUUGACUGGAUCCAAACAAAUUCAGCUUUACAACAACAUUCCAUGGCUGUUUAGCUGGGUUCAGGACCGGCAGAUAGUUCUAAAGAACUUCCAGAAAAACAUCCAGCACAUGAAGGACCUGCUGGCCAAAGUGAAGGAGAACCUGAACCCUGAAGAUUGCAGGGGCCUGGCGGACUGCUUCUUCAUGCGCAAGCAAAAAGAGGAUCUAUCUGAUGAGCAGAACCACUUCAGUGAGGACAACAUGGUUCAGGUCGUGCUCAACCUCUUUGCUGCAGGCACGGACACCACUUCCACCACACUAAGAUGGGCCUUGCUAUUGAUGGUUAAAUAUCCCCUAAUACAAGAUCGGGUCCAGGAGGAGCUGAGCAGGGUGAUCGGAAGCCGCCAAGUUUGCGCUGAUGAUCGCAAGAACCUUCCCUACACCGACGCCGUCAUCCAUGAGAUUCAGAGGUUCAGCAACAUCGCAACCACAACCCUUCACCACCAAACCAGCCAGGACAUCACCUUCCAGGGCCACUUCAUCGAAAAGGGCACCGUUGUUUUGCCUCUCCUUUUUUCUGUCCACUGCGAUAAGAGUGAGUGGGAGACACCAAGAGCCUUCAACCCUUCCCACUUCCUGGAUGAGGAGGGUAAAUUCAUCAAGCGGGAUGCCUUCAUGCCCUUCUCUGCAGGCCGCAGGGCUUGUCUCGGCGAAGGUCUGGCCCGGAUGGAGCUCUUCCUCUUCUUCUCCACCCUCCUUCAGCGCUUUCGCUUCACGCCUCCCCCAGGGAUGUCGGAGGACGAGCUGGAUUUGACGGCAGUGGUGGGCUUGACGCUCAGUCCGCCGCAUCACCUGCUGUGUGCCGUCAGUCGGUGCUGAUGAGCAUCAGCGUGAUGGCGUCUUUUUUGCAUUCCCAUGAUUUGCAAGCUCACGGAUGACACACUUUGUUGUCCAAAUGAUCCAUGUCAUGAAGUUUUUUUGUCUUUUGUUUUUUUUGUCUCCAUCAAUCCAUCCAUCCAUUUUUUGCACCACUUAGCAUUUGAAAAUAGAUGACACAUUUUUAUCUUUUUCAGUAAUGAUAAUGUUGAUGCUAUUUUUCACAUCUCUACUUUUUACUAGAAUGUAAUUUCAUUUGCUUAAAUAAAAACCUGUCCUUGGUGAAAAUAUGCAAUUA